GCAAUAGUUUCGCCUCAACUGCUGAUGUUAUCCGGAAUUGGACCAAAACAACACCUCGAAACCUUCAACAUUCCGGUCAUUCAAUCUCUUGAUGUCGGGUACAACCUGCAUGAUCACUGUUCUUACACCGAACUCAACUUUUGUCUCAACCAAACUGUUACCAUGGUCCGAAACAAAUCAACCGCCGACCUGUUCGACGAAUACAUUACCAACCAUACCGGUCCAUUCUCGAUACCAGCACGUUUUGAAUCGAUCGCAUUCUUAAAAACACCUCACUCGGACCUUCCCGCUGAACAACCCGACAUUGAAAUCCUCCUCGUUUCGACCUACCUGAAUGGAGAAAAUCACGAUGUCGGUUUUCAGUUACUCGGACUACCCCAGAUCCUAAACGGUAGCAUCGUCAUUAACUUUCCAGGACACGACAAGUUCAGUCUUUUCCCUAUAAUCAUGCGCCCAAAAAGCCGAGGUAGAAUUUCACUUAAAAGUUCCAACCCAUUUGUGGAUCCACUAAUGGAACCAAACUAUCUGAGCAACCAAUACGAUAUCAGCACGCUAAUCGACGGUAUGAAAAUCGCAAUCCAACUAGCUGAAUCGCAGAACUUUGCCGAAUAUGGAGCCACGCUGGAUCCAACUCCACUGCCGGCAUGCGAUCACUUACCAUUCCGCAGUGAUCAAUAUUGGAGAUGUGCCAUCCGAGUAAUGGGCAAAAACAUUCAUCAUCAGGCCGGAACAUGCAAAAUGGGACCGGCAAGUGAUUCAACGGCUGUGGUCAAUCCAGAACUUCAAGUCCAUGGCAUUAGGAACAUGCGCGUGGUUGAUACUUCCAUAAUGCCAAUACCGAUAGCUGGACACACUAAUGGGGUGACGUUUAUGAUUGCUGAAAAGGCAGCCGAUAUGGUCAAGCGGCAUUGGGCACGUAGAGGGUUUAAGUGA